AUGCUGCAGGAGCCCCACAGCAUGCUUACGGACCAGGAGUUGGAGGACUUCCUGUCUUUCAUGGACGACCCCGUAGGCGGCGCGCCCGGCUGCAGGCCGGCCGCGGCGCCAAUAAGGGGCGGCCGCUGCGCCGGGCCGCCGCCACCGCCGCCGGCGUGCUCGUCGGACGCCGGCGGCGGCAGCGACCACUAUGACUGCCGCAUCCUUGGCCUCUUCCUUGGCGGCGGCGGCGGCGCCGCGGACGACCGCGCCGCGCAGCGGAGCCCAUCCAGCAGCGAGGACUGCACCACCGCCACUUUGACCCUGGUCAAGGCAGACAGCGGCGCGUGGCCGGGCGCCGCUCGCGGCGGCGGCCGCGCCGCUGCCCCGCAGGCGCCAUCCACACUGUACUGCGGCGGUGGCAGCGGCGGCGGCGGCUGCCCGUCGCCUCAGGCUGACGGCCUCCUGCGCACCCAAUCGAGCGGGUCUGUCUACUCAGCAUCGCUCCCAUUGCGCCCUGACCACCUCUCCUUAGGCCCGCCCCAGCAGCAGCAGCAGCUGCAGCAGCAGCAGCACCUGCAGCAGCAGCAGCAGCAGCAGCAGCAGUUCGUGCUGUUUGCCGGAGGCGGCGGUAACCCCGCGUUCGCCUUCCCUGCUGGGGGCGUGAGCACGCCCUGCGUGAGCAUGGGCGCCUUCGCCCCCGCCGGCCUCGCGUUUGUCCCCGCAGCCCUCGCCGUCGCUCCCCCCGCGCCCGCGGGGCGGCACGGCGGCGUGGUGACGCUCGCGUCGACGCUGGACGCGCCCGGCUGCGCCGGCGACGGCGGCUCUGGCGUAUCCGCCGCCACCGCUUG